UACGGGCGUAAUCAGACCGGACCACUUAUUCUAGAUCUGAAGCUCUCCGGAUCCACUGUGCUAUCCUCUCAUUCAGGAACCCUAUCGAACAAUUUAACCAUCACGUUAGCAUACAGGGCUGCCUGAGGUCCCUGCUGCAUAAUCAGCCAAAUACUAGAUCUUGUUCUGCUGGUUCUUUUGGACUACCUACCACACACCACCAAUUCCUGUUCUCCUACACUUCCAGGGAAGAAAGAAAGGUGCUUUCCAUGUUAGAUGCCUGGUUUUGUCCACUCCAUCACCUCAAACAAUCGCGAAACUGACUGAAACAUGGACAACCACUACUAUUCCAUGAACUCAAUGGGUGCUGGAUACUAUCCUGAUGGACAACCCAUAAUACCACCGGAAGGGAUGAUACCAGAAGGAGUACUGAUGCCAGAUGGUUACGUUCCAAGACUCUACCAGAUUCCGACUAUCUCCCACGAGAACUUGAACAGCUACUCUGACAUAGAAGACCCAAAUAGAGGAUCUGUAUCGCAACAAGGAGGAUCUCGUGGUGGGAAAAGGCGAUCUAUCACAAACGCAGAUCACGUCAAGCACCGAAGGACAAGGAGCGGUUGUUUCACUUGCAGGCAACGUCGAGUCAAGUGUGACGAAGCUCAUCCAAUCUGUGAUAGAUGUCGCAAGGGCAAACGUGAUUGUCACUAUCCGGAACCCACGACAGGCUCAUCGUCGAAGCCUUCGAAAAGCUACAGGAACAAGGGCUCCGCUGGCGAAGCCUCGAACUCGUCUGGUGAAGAAGAUGACAAUUACGAAGCCGAUAAGCUCCCUGCUAUUCCGGACGACGAAGAAUUAGAAGAGGUCACUUCAAGCUUAUGCUCCAAGGAUGACCGCAAAUUGUCCGACGCAUCUUCCAAUUCGAGAGAUCAGAGUCCUCUGAUCAAAAGCCCCGCGACGACAGAUAGCUCAAUUGCCUCAGCUCGUCCUAACACACGCACACAAAUACCCCGCCAAAGCUCAAGAAAGUCGCUCAAAACUAAACCGCCACCCAACAGCAAGUGGACGCAUCUGCCAAAAGAUAUCAAAUUCUACAUCACUUAUUUCAGGGAGAAACUUACGCAUCAGCACUAUGCUAUGAAAUACGACAGCGGUGAUUUUCUGAAAACCACAUUUCUGGAGAUUGCCUUGGGAUAUGAACCGCUCCUAUACGCCAUAACUGCCUUUUCCGCCUAUCACCAUACACUAAUGAAGCCUAGUGGCAAGCUUCAGAGUUUCCUAGGCUACUACAACAAAUCAGUCUCUUUGCUCCGUCAAUCACUGGAGAGGAGUCCGCGGCAUACUGUAGCUACUUUGCUCACCAUCCUGCAGCUCGCUACUUUCGAGGAGUUUCUGGGAGAUUGGGUCAACCUCAUGGGUCACCAACGGGCUGCUUACGAGAUUCUCACCGAGUUGUUCACACCACAAACAAUCAUGCAAAGCGAAACACACCGCAAGAUCAUUUCGUGGUACAUUCGAUUCGACCUUUUCGCAGGAUUCAUGCAUGGCUACGGAAUGGUCCUGUCCCGUGACUGGCAUGUGGCGUGCAUGGAGUUCUAUGUUCGACAGGCUAGGGACAAGCCUCGUGACCUGGGAUCGCUAUUUGAGGAGAAGUUCGCACGAUCGAGGCUGUUGGCUACGGAUAUCUCUCUAUUGUUCUCGCGAGGCACGACAGAAGGGCCAAGUAUGGAGCUCAUUACAGACAUGGGAAAACUGAAUGUUGAGCUGGAAAGUUAUGCUCAUGAGCUGGAGCUUGCCUUCAAGGACACGCGGACAUACGUCAAGGAAUUCCCUAAUGCACCAACAGGAGAGUGGGACAAUGUGGUUGGCUCGACGGAUCCCGAAUUCCUGUGGGCAGGAGAGCUUUUUACCUGGAACUUCAUUCUGAUCGACUUCUGGGCCAUCCAUCUGCUCUUCAAGUCCCAGGUUGCUCAAUUCGACCCCACGAUAGGCGGAGAAGAGGUUGCAGCAACGGCAUUCAAGGUGUGCAAGAUGUUUGAGGCGCUACAGUAUUGCGGCGAGGAGUCCACAGCCAUGAUUUUGGGCGCUCAGGCAAGUCUGGGUAUGGCUGCAGCUUGCAUGCCAAAGGAUCAACGACACACAAUGUGGUGCCGCAACAAGUACGCACAAAUCGAGCAAUGCGGCUACAUUUACCCUGCCGCUCUACGACAACGUAUGACUGGCGUCUGGGGCGUCGAUGUCAUGCGUUGGUGGCUUCCCAAUGACGAAGGCUACUACCCCAUCCUUCAAGCCGUUCGCGAGUUCAUCGACUACCGCGCAAGAGUGCCACAGGAUAAUGUGCAAUCGGAUCUACGAGACAUGAAGGGACUGUUCAAGGCGUUGCAACUCGACGAUACUGAUUCCAAGAAUGGCACGGGUAGUCAGGGGGGUACGGGCAGUCAAGGAGGCACGGACAACUCGGAUCCAUUUGACCUCGAAGCUCCUGGAAGUAUGCCCUGGGAGAGCAGUCCGGAAAUGAAUUGGCCCUAAUCCAAGACCACGAGGAUGAAUAUCGGGGGUCGGGUGGCUCAAUGUGAGCACUGAGCACAACUGCACUUAAAAGGAGGAUAUAGAUACAUAUGCAUUAAUCAUCUAAAAGCAGUAUGUUGGGGAUCAAGCCCUUAUCGAACAACUCAACACCGUAUCUGCGUAUCAUUGUAUUGCUCCAGCUGGGCGGCUGACCGCGGGAUCCAGCUCAUCAGAGGCAGACUUACAUCGUUGAAACCCAGCCCGGUGGUGC